GAAUGCAAAUACCCCUAUUUGUUUUCUUUUCAUCUUUUCAUGGCCUGCCCUGUUUCGUUUUCCACCCUUCGACAAAGGUCCUAGCCAUUGCCAAACCUGCCCGGGUAUAAGCCGUGGUACGGUUAGUCCUUUGUCGACUCUCCUGGGGUUAUCAUCGGGCUUUUGGGCCACCGGGACGAACGGUUUUUCAAGCGCUGGAAGCUCACUUCCGGUACCGCGUGUAGGAGGCGUGUGGUUCCCUUUACACCUUCUACACCAUUUACCCCAUCGACAAGUGGCCGGCACGUGCUGUGACCGCGUGCAGCGUGUUUGUGCGAGUUAAGUGAAAGAUCAGACCCAAAAGCAAAAGGAAGUGAUUUGUAUGCAAACAGGCGUCCAUUGUUGCGCCAAUUAGGCUCACUAUUAGCGAGCAAACUAGCCAACUGUGUUUACCAAAUGGCCACGUGGCCACGGUGGGAACUGUGGGUGUUGCUGGGUGUGGACAACACUGCGGCAAAGUGAGCGCCAGCCAAGAGGUGGUUGUAGUGUGUGUGAACAGCAGGAAAGUGUGUUUAAUCGGAUAAUUUAACAGGCGUGUAAACGAGGCGCGUUAAGUGUCCCCCUGGGAAAGAUUGUGUUAUGAUUAAAAGGGGAAUCGGAAGCAUAGGAAGGGUAAUGCCACAUUCCAGAAUGUAAACGCGCAGCAUAUGUGUGUUAGAGCUUAAGCCAAAGAAACCAAAACGACGACGAAUCUAGUCACGUCAAUCUAGUCUUAGAAUAAGCCCCACCAUGUUCUCGAUGGAUACGUUCGACUUUGAGGCGGUGAUGAGCCGCCAUCUGUUCGAAGGGCCGUCGGUGCAUCAGCACCAAAGUCAGCAGCCGUUGCACCAUCUGCAGCAACACUCUUGCCAGCAGCAGCAACAGCAGCAGCAACAGCAGCAACACCUUCAUCAUCACCAUCACCACCAGCAGCAGCAUCAUCUGGACAGUGAUCAGCAGUUGAGCAGUCAUCAUCGGCAUCAGCACGAUUACCAUUCGGACACACAGUCGCACGAUCACCAUCAGCAGCAUCAUCUGCAUCAGGCGAACAACGUCGACUCGACCACAUCCAACAGUUCGGACUUCUUCCUGGCCGACGAUGAGAACACCACGGACAGUGAAUCGUACUGUGGGUUCAACAGCGAUCAGGAGAAUAACGAUUCCAUGAAAGACAUGUACGGCAACCGUACGUCCAAGUACCGACGGCCCAAGUGUGCCUCGCAGCAGGCCCAACAGCGCCAGGCGGCGAACCUACGCGAACGGCGCCGCAUGCAAAGCAUCAACGAAGCCUUUGAAGGGCUGCGGACCCACAUACCCACCCUGCCGUACGAGAAGCGGCUCAGCAAGGUGGACACCCUGAAGCUGGCCAUCAGCUACAUCUCCUUUCUCGGCGAGAUGCUGCGCAAGGACAAGAACGGCAACGAGGCCGGAUCGAACGGUAUCAAGCGGGUGCCGGUAAAGGAACCGCCCAAGAAAUUCAUCGUCCGUGGUGGUAGCGGUCAGACACACUCCCUUUCCUGGCACCGGAAGGGCGAUCGGAACGCAAACGGGCGCUACUUUGCACGCAUUUGGCGCCCGGAGGAUCCGCGCAGCAAUCAUCGCAAUAUCGCGGCCGGUCCGUCCGCGUACGCGACGAACGGAAUCUGCUAGAGGUGGCCACCGUGUCCCCAGUCCAGUCGGAACGACAUCUUCAAACGUAUAUGUGCAACCAAAAAAACAAUCUAGUCUUUGACACACAGUCUCUCUCUCUGUCACUCUUUUCGGUGUUAAUGUUACCGGAAAUGGGAUUGUAAAUAAACGUAUCCUUAUUAUAUUAUUUA